CAUCUCCUCCCUCCACGUGUCCCUUCAUCUCUCCUCAACCGCCAUCGAAGUCCACCGUCCUUCCGAACCCUAGAAAUUGCAUUCGGACGGAAACCUCAAAUUCCUGCUCUCCAUUCCAACCCAAACCUGCUGCAUCCAUUCUGUCUCUGUCUUGCGAAUUCUCGUUCGAAUUCGAAGCUGCAGAAAAUGCUCAGACUGGCCACGAAGAAGCUCCUCGGCGUCGCCUCGGCGGAGGCCCCGAUUAGGCCGCUCCAGGUCCUGCCGCGGAUGUACCACGAGAGGGUCGUGGACCACUACAACCACCCCAGGAACGUCGGGGCGUUCGAUAAGAAUGACCCCGACGUGGGCACGGGGCUCGUCGGUGCCCCCGCGUGUGGGGAUGUGAUGAAGCUGCAGAUUAAGGUCGAUGAGGAGACCGGGAAGAUCGUCGACGCUUGUUUUAAGACCUUUGGGUGUGGUUCAGCUAUUGCUUCGUCUUCAGUUGCAACUGAAUGGGUGAAGGGGAGGCAGAUGGAGGAGGUCUUAUCCAUUAAGAACACGGAGAUAGCAAAGCACCUUUCUCUUCCACCUGUUAAGUUGCACUGCAGCAUGCUUGCUGAGGAUGCUAUAAAGGCCGCUGUCAAAGACUACGAAGCGAAACGCGCCAAAGGAAAUGGGAACUCGGAUGUCUUCAUGAAGACAGCUCCUCUCGAGAAGGCAGCCGAUGCUUGAGGCGCUUCUCAAUAGAUAAUGAAGAAACAGUUUAGACGAUGGACUCUCUGUUAAGAUGUCGGAGUCGGGAUUGUAAAAAUAAAAUCUUGCUGAAACUACCUCGUGGAAAAAGACCAUAUGCCAUUAAUGUAUUAUUAUCAGAGGUUGGGAUGGCAUUUUUAUCCGUGGUCUCUUUGCUGAUAAACGGUGAACCAGCUUUUCUUUGGUUGAGAACGAUGUGGAAAUUAAAUGCGCACUUCAACAAAUCUUUUUAUUUUAGAGCAAAUGGAUGCUAAGUACUUUGAAUUUCA